UGCGAAACUUCCCUUUAUCUGCCGGCUCUCAGCCUCUGCCCUGGAGAGGUCUAAACCCCAGGAUGUCCACCUACAAAUGUCAAGAGGAAGGCACACUCAGAAGUCACAACUGUGUCUUGAUUUACAAAUCGGAGGCAGAGGAGGAUGAAAACCACACUGCGGACAGUAACUUAAUCGGACUCACCACCAAGAUGUUAAAAGUGAAGAGGCUAGAAGAAACCAACACAUGUUACAACAGUAACCAGCUGGAGAAAAUGGCCUUAUUCCAGUGCAUGGAAAAGGUUGAGAAAGUGAAAUGUUUUCUGGAAGAAUGUUCUAGUGAACAGGAUUCAAGAUCUGGAAAGAGUGAGGCUAAGGAGAAGGUGCGGUCACACCCCAGCCAGAAGGAAACGGCAUCUGUCAAAGGCAAAAGGACGUCAGCCCUUGCAGAUGAUGGCCCGGCUCCUCCUGCCCCAUUUCAUCACCGUAUUGUGACAGCCAAACAAGCAGCAGUCAACAGUUUUUAUACUGUGAGCAGAACUGAAAUUUUAGGAGGGGGGCGCUUUGGCCAGGUUCAUAAAUGUGAAGAGAAAGCAACAGGUCUGAAGCUGGCGGCCAAGAUCAUCAAGACCAGAGGCGUGAAGGAUAAGGACGAAGUGAAAAACGAGAUCAAUGUCAUGAACCAGCUGGAUCACGUGAACCUCAUUCAGCUCUACGACGCCUUUGAGUCUAACAAUGACAUUGUCCUGGUCAUGGAGUAUGUGGAUGGCGGGGAGCUGUUCGACCGCGUCAUUGAUGAUAGUUAUAGUCUGACUGAGCUGGACACCAUCCUGUUCAUCAGGCAGAUAUGUGAGGGGAUAAGGCACAUGCAUCAGAUGUACAUCCUCCACUUGGACCUGAAGCCUGAGAAUAUCCUGUGUGUGAAUCGGGAUGCUAAACAAAUAAAAAUUAUUGAUUUUGGAUUGGCCAGAAGAUACAAACCCAGAGAGAAGCUGAAGGUGAACUUUGGGACUCCAGAAUUUCUUGCCCCUGAAGUUGUGAACUAUGAUUUUGUUUCCUUUCCCACUGACAUGUGGAGUGUGGGGGUCAUUGCCUAUAUGCUACUUAGUGGUUUGUCCCCCUUCCUGGGUGAUAAUGAUGCUGAGACCCUGAACAACAUCCUGGCCUGCAGAUGGGAUUUAGAGGAUGAAGAAUUUCAGGACAUCUCAGAGGAGGGCAGGGAGUUCAUCUCCAAGCUUCUGAUUAAGGAGAAGAGUUGGAGAAUAAGUGCGAGUGAAGCUCUCAAGCACCCCUGGUUGUCCGACCACAAGCUCCACUCCAGACUCAGCACACAGAAGAAGAAGAAUUGCUGCUCUGACACUCAGGACCAUGUGACCAAAUAGCCUACAGAAGGUGCCCGUUUGAAAGGAAAACUGCUGUGGUUGCUGCUGCUUCGAGAAGAUUUUUGGAAAAAUCAGCAGUUCUGUUGCCUUGACCCCUGUGAUGACUGGUGGCCGUAGCCAGAGGAGCAGCCACGCUUGAACUCUGAGCCCCUUGGCCGUGCGCAGAGGGCACCCAGUGCUGCAGCCCUGCCCGCCUGCCCUCAUGUCCCCACCCCUAUGGUAGUGCCCACUUGGGAAGCCAUUUCCCUGCCAUCUUAGGUUGUAUUUUCUAUUUUUAUUUUUGAUUUUAGUCACUAGGGCAAGGGAUGCAUUAUUUCUGCUGUUUCUCAUAUUACUAGAGCAAUCAUCCUGGAGAUUUAUUUGGGAUUUUAAAACCUGGAGGAUGUAUUUAGAGGGAGAAAACUGUUUCCAGUCAUUAAAUUGUGACUUUCAAGUGAUUAUAUCCCCAGAAAACAUUCUAAGUGUGGUGCAUCCUUCAGCACGUCAUUUCUCAGACUUUAUUAUUUUGAUUUGGUCUGAAAUCAGGUGAAUCCAACUGAUAAAUAAUUUGCUUUCUGGAACAUAAGCUUUCUUUGAAUUCUGAGGCAAGAGGCAUCAGCCAUUAUAUCUUCCGUUUAUUCUAAACUUUCCUCCAAGCGCAUCAGUUUCUUCCAAGUAGCUGCUUCUACUUUCAAAUGAGUGGCAUGCAUUUUCACAAUGUGGUCCCUCCUCUCUUCUGAUUGAAGCUUCAUCUGCAUGGAACACACUGGUUUUGAGAGGCGGUGCAAGAGGUAUCUGUUCAUGGUGAGUCUUCAAAAUGGCCACCUUUGGAAUAAUGUUGACAGUCCUGAGAGCUUUCCUCACUGCAGUUGUCAAGAAGAGAUGGGUCUGUGUAUCCUGAGGAAGGACAAUGCUUUGUUUCCAGUGUUCAAGUGAUCUGGGAAAUAGCACUCAAGUUUCUGGGUAAACUCAAACUUUUGUGAAGACGAGUGAUCUCAGCUCCGCAGAGUCUCAUGUGGCUCCUGGCUGUGAAGAAAGGGCAUUCAGAAGCCGAAGACAAGGGGAGCACCUCUGCUCACUUUUUCUACACGAGAAAGAUUUCCAGUUGGAAGUUCCUUCUUGUUCCUGAGGUCGUGUGCCAUCUCCUCACAGCUGUUUAAUAAGUGAAGGGAGCCCUACUGUAUACAGCACAGAAGGGUACAGGGCCUCCAAAGAGCGAAACAGCCGCGCCAUUUCUUUAAGAAGAGACAAGGCAAAGCCACGCUUAACUCCUGGUACACAUCCAAGCUCAUCAUUCAGCUUCUUAAGCUCUCCUUCAUUUUCCAUUUCCAAAUAACCAUUGUGUUGAGAUCAGCUUAUGAUAAUGUCUAUUUUGGGCUCUGGUUGUCAUAAUGGUGAUGAUAUGGGGUAAGAAUAACGUGGUGGCUGUAUGAGUGAAGGCAGAUUUGAUUUGCACUGGCUUUUCUCCAUUAUUUCUCACAUCCACUUAGUGACUCCUUGCAGCAUGGCCACACAUAACUAUAUGUGCAACAUCCUUAUUCUCUGGGUAAGGUAAAGGAGGAGUAGCAACAGAAGAAAAUGUGUAAUGUAGUGAAGGCCACAUGCCAGCUUAGUGGUCAUGCCAGCUGUAAGACUGACUCCUUUCUAGCAUUUGCGCUUACACUGUCAUGCAUUUCUUUUUUCCUUUGGCCUAUGCAUUUACCCAAGGUUGGUUUCUCCUGUUCCUGUUAUGUGACUAUGCUUAAAAUGUUUAAUUUAGUUUUCUUAAAAAAAAAAAAAAAAAAGCCCUGUGACUGCAGUGUUAUAUUACUGUGCUAUCUUUAGCUGAUGGUAUUCAUCGAGUCUAGAAAAAUACAAGCCAGUGCAUGCAUUAAUACUACUCAGACCACAGAGAGCUGGCAUUCACUCGGAUGCUAAAUAGGACACAAGGGUUUGAUUUGAAACCCCUCGUGGAAGGGCGUGUUCUGUCCUGUGGUGUAGAUUCUCUAUCAGAUUGAGCAGGAGGUCUUUCACAUGUGCAGUGUGCAUCUAGCUUUGACUCACGUUGGCAAAUAAACUUUCCCCAGGCCCGGCCACACAUAGAAGGGACAGCGUAGGCCAAAUGAAGGAAUGAUUUCUUUGCCAAAUUAAUCCACUGAUGACCCUGCAGUUAGUGGGUGUGGUUUGUUUUUUCUUUUAGAGGUUUAGAAAGGAGACUCUACUUUAAAAAUGGAUCUCCUUUGAAUUUGUAGUUAAAUUUCCACAUUUGGAUUGGGAAGCAUCCCCAGGCCAGUGGGGUGCCUUUUAUAUGAGAGUUGGGGAUAGUUUGCCUUGCAGAGUUGAUUAUUGCAGUCUAGAGUUAUGGUGAAAUGGGAGAAUUUGUCUCCUACUCAUCCUGUCUCCUCUCUCCACGCCAAUGUGUGGCUGCUCCAGCAGAAGCCCAUAACUUGGUCGAUUGCUGCUCUGAUGGGAAAAGAGGGCUUUGCAAAGCGAGGGAAUCAAACCAGAUGCGAGUAUGGACCCAGAGAAGCUGAGUCUGGCUAGACUAGGGCUAUUGUGAUCAAUUUUUCCAAGAAGUCAUUAGGAUUUGAGAGCCUGUAUUUCUCCUCCACCCUCUUAAUGGAAGUUAUGGCUUCACUCACUCACAUUAGGCAGUUGCCAUUUUUUUAGUAAGUGGAGGAAAUUAAGCACUGAUGGGGUCCUUUUACUGCCUGGAGAGGAAUAAACCUCAUGAACUAUUAAGGGAAAAGCACGCCCACAUUUGUAAUUUGUAAGAUACCAACACUUAGCCAGAAUUUGUUGCUAUUUAAAAAUCAAGGAAGAUAGGACCCACACCCCAGUUUGUGGCAUGAAAACCUCUGGAAUGGAUUCUCACCUGAGUA